UCCCCUACACACAUUCGGAAGUUAAGAUGCUUGUCCCUUGUCCGAAACCUAUUCCUGGAAUGGAAAAGAUAAUGACAACUUUCUCAUUAUCUGUGUGGUUGACAAUGGGUCUCGUGUUCGUUCUAACCACUUCUGUGUUCUGGUUUGUAGCAAAUGGUCCCCACGUAUCCACAUUUAAGGAGUUAGAAAUUUACAAGUCCAUAUCACUCUGUUUCUACAAUGCCUGGGCUGUCUUCAUGGGCGUAUCUGUUACACAGCUGCCAACUACUUCAAAGCUGAGGGCUUUCUUUUUUAUCUACGUUUCUUACUGCUUUGCUAUGAGCACUGUUUUCCAAGCGUUCUUUGUCUCUUAUCUGGUGGAACCAGAAGCUGGAAAGGAGAUUAAAACCUUUGAUGAACUCCUAAAGUCAGACAUAGCCUAUGGUUAUCAUUCAGCCUGGAACUAUAUUCUGCAUGGAAUAGUAUAUCCAGAAUUCUCGAAAUUUCAUGAACGUAAGGAAACAAGGAAAGAUUGUAAUGAUUUUCAAAAAUGUGUUCAAAAAAUGAUAACUCAGCAUGACAGAGCUACAAUGGUUGGUAUAGUGUACAGUACAUACAUUGCUAGUGAACUGGGGAUUGCUGAUCCAAGUACAGUAAUCUGUUCGUUUGACGAAAACCUCAUUUAUGUAAGUAUAAUUAUGCUUUUAAAAAAGGGGAGUCCAUUUUUGGACAUGUUCAAUGUGCUCAUAAGACGGAGUUUGGAAGCUGGGCUUCAGGAAAGACACUGGUCAGAACUGAAGCAUCAAGCCUCUUUAAGGGGCGGAGACAGAUUAAAGGAAGAGAGUAACAUGUUUGUCAUCUUUUCUGUUUCUCAUUUGACUCCAGCAUUUGUUGUGCUUAUUUCUGGAAAUAUCUUGAGCUUUGGAGUGUUUGUUAUUGAAUUAAUUCACAACUGGUAUUGGAAGAAAAUUAAUAAGGGCACUGGUACUUCUAUAAGCUGCGUGGCGGGUUUUGACAAUAAAGUGUGAGUCCCAACCUGUUACACUUUUAUACUUUUGCUGUAUUCAAUAGAACUGCAAUACAUAUAGAGUGUAUAUAUAGCAGAUUCUAGUUGCACAGCAUUAAUGAAAACUGUGAUGAAUUUGUUUAACAGAAACAUUACUGAAACCCCUUGCAAUUCCUGUAUUUAGUGGCAUUAAUACGUUUAACACAAAGCACAAGAGUUAGAAUUUACGCACCUUAAAGGAAAUUAAUUCCAAGUGUUUCUUGUACAUAAUGACUUGACUUUUGACUCAUUCUUCCCCAGAUAUGGCCCAUUAUGCUUUGAGCCAUAUUGUGAAGGAGUUGAAAUUUGAAUGGCACAUCAGUUACAGUACACAUUAUGUUCACAUCCCUUCAUUGAACCUACUAUUCUAAUGUUCUGGAUAGCUGCCUACCUCAGACUUCUUGUAAAAUGUAGACUCCUAAUGACAUCUUCUGGACAUGCAUAUUCAUCAUCAAAUCAUGAUUUUAUAUUCAAAUGUCAUUAGAAGACUGAAUAAAAAGCAUGAAUUCUUUUAAACUAAAAAUAUAUUACGGGGCUGGAACUGGUCAAAAAAGGGAAUAAGUUAUCUGUUAGACGACGCUGUUAAUACAUAUUGAGGGACGCUAACAUCUCAUGUGUGAGAGUGUCAAAGCAUUUUGUCAAUAAUACAAUUUACAAUUCUGGGUUCAGUAAUUCAAAACAGCUUUUGGCUCACCAUAAAAUAAUGCCACUAUAACGUAACUUGGAAGUUCUAUUUGAGUAAAUGGUUUAAAUAAACUUUCAAGAAAACUAAGUUUUUAACAUAGAAGAUACUAAACCCCAUUUUAUGUUUCAGCAUAAAAUAUGUUUCAUAAUUGUAAACAUAGAAAAUAAAGUUUUAACAAAGAAGAAAUAAAGCUCCUGUUUAUGAAUUCUGAAGGUUUCUGCCUAUGGUUCCUUAUAAUAUCUGUGAAAUUGUUUUUAGGACUUAUAACUAACUUAUUAAUAAAAUUACAACAUUUUAGAAGCUGGAUUCAGCUUACAUUUUCAAGCAAAAUAGGAAUAGUACAGAACCAUAUCUUUUGGGUCACUGGUUGACGAGUGCAGGUCUGAGGCCACUUUUUUACCUCAAGAUGGAAGCAGAAUUAAGGUUCUGAAAUGUUGUAACUGUAUUUUUAAGGUAGAUAACUGACAAAGUCAAACAAAACUAUUUCACUAAGCCCAAUUUCAUGUGCCAGCAUAAAAUGUAAAUUCAAAAUGGUGUUUUAUUAACUAUUUAAAUUACCUGACAGC